AUGUCACGAGGCAUUGCAAUCAGUACUGUCGCCGUGCACUCUGGUCUCUACUCCCUACAACAAGCAGCUGUCCUGCAGUCGAACCUAUCAGCAAGAGGAGCUUCCACGAUCACGCUGUUCGAGACUGGGUGCGAUUUCCGCGAUGAAAACGAUGUCACUCACAGAAAUUGCACCCAAGCUUGCACACAGCCGGCGAUUGUGUGGAAGAAUCCUUUCACAAUCCAUAACUGCUUGGUCUAUAGCACGGUCUCAGGCCUAAUCGCCAAGAACAACUUGACAGCAGACGGGCAACGACAAGCUGCCGACCUAGGCUACUUGCCAAAUUUCAAUCUUGCCUUGAUCGAGGACCCUGCGAAUGAGUGUAUGCACAGCUUCUGCCUCAACCAGCGGCACGCCGAUCCGUCAAUACAUUGCUCAGGUGCUUCGAUCAACACGACAUACUUCAGCAAUGCAACGAAGGGAGAAGUCCAUAAUCUACUUACCGAUGCAUUCGUCCAAAAUGCGUGUGGCUCGUUCAAGGCAAGUCCGAACGUCGACGUCGGCGGCAUCGGGGUCUAUAUCGGCUAUCUCAUGCAGCUCUCCAUCUUGAUUUACUGCUGGAUUCAUGGACGCCUAAUUUCGAGCUGGCUGAAGUCUUUCACAUUUGUCGUUUGCGCGCCCUUUGGCCUCAAGAGAGCCAGACAACGCGCCCAUCGAGUGAGGAUGAGAUUGAAACAGUCUCAUCAGGGCGCGGCGCUCGUUUCGGGUCUCUUCGAAUUCCAGCAAGCGCAGAGCUACUUUGCUCUCACGCUCAAUGGCGCUGCUAUAGGAGCGCUGUGCAGCAAUGGUGCCAUGUUCGACGUGCAAAGUCUUCAACAAAUGCGUCUCACCGUUGACUUACUCGGCGACGUCGCAGCUACAGCCAUCAUCUGCCUGACGUUCGGACUAUACAUGCUUCACGCCGAAGGCAAGAGGACGUGGUAUGUUACCUUCCUCUCACUUAUUGCCAUACUGGUAUCAUUUGCAACCUGGAUCCUCACCUGCCUGCCGCUGAGAAACUUGCACCAAAUCAAUCCAACAGGAUUCGAACUUCCAGCCUGCGGAAACCGAUCUCCAGCGGCAUUUUGUCUGGACCAAACUAGAUCCAAAUCCAUCACUUCUGGAGCAGUCUGCAUUGCAAUCUGCAUGCUGACGACAAUUCUCAUGAUGGUUCGACAAUUAAAGACUCACCCAUUCCCAUCACCGCGGACGAGUAUUGCCUCACCGCCAUCCCUUCGACGAACCUCAACGCACGCCACGACCUCUUCGAGAGCUCGGCAACUCUUGCAACAACAGACAGCCGUGGUCUAUGGCUGGCGACUAGAGAUUGCUGAACUCAUCCUCGCAAGCAUGACUAUCGUGAUGCUAGUCCAGCUGAUCAUGAAUGGCGACAUGAUUGCUAUGCGAGAACAGGUGCAAUGGACGUUCGCGCAGUUGAUCGCCGUGACCAUCUGGGCCCCUAGUAUCAUCGAAUACCUCUACGCCGCUGUCAGGAGAUGGAGUCUGACAGGGAAUAAAGACGUUGUUGAGAGAAUUGGAAGUUUAGGUCGGAGGGUAACUGUUGAUGAAGGUGUGCAAGUCGACUUUGGAGGGUAUGCGUUUGAUGGAAGAGAAGACGAGUCCGCUGCUGAUGGAGACGAAGCAAAGGGUUCAAGGGAGAACAUCGGUGACAAGAGGAAGGUAGUUGAAGACACGCUCUCGUCGAUGCCAGCACCCGAACAGAUGGUUUGA